CACUUUAAGACUAGUUUCUCGCUUUUCCUCUUCACUUCGGUGUGUACAUAUGUACUUCUCGAACCACAAGCUUGUAUUUAAAUGAUAUCGAUUAGAGACAUAUCGGCAUGAAAACAUCUUAGGGUUCUAAUGGCCCAAAAUUCAAUUAUUUUUGAAGAAAACAUUUAAAUAAUUAAUAAAUUCAAGAAUGUAAAAAAUUUGUUAAAAUAAAAUAGCGACAUUGACCGUGACCUAAAUUUUAAAAUGUUACAACUCAGAAAACAAUUGUUGAAAUUCUAAGCAUUAACGACGUGAAGUGUUUAGACCAUACAACCUUCUGAUAGCUUGUCGCUUUAAGUAAUUACUAUAUGGUUGUUUUGAAGAUUUUUUGCCGGUCAAUAAUGAGCAUUAAAAUAUAUCUCCCCAUCCAAUAUUUUUAUUCUAAAGAGCCAAUUAAUCUUUAUGGUCAAGUAAAAAUUAACAAAGACGACGUCAUUGUAUAUUACGUUGUUGAGACCACAUUUUCUUUUAAACCGCGUACCAAUGUAAUGGACACAGCCCCAAACCAUUUACGCUUCUUGGGUUGCAUUUGUAGUUCAAAAUCAUGUGACGAAAUAAAUCAAUGUAAUAAAUUUAAUAUGCGACUAUGUUUUACAUAUGACGAAAUCAAGGAAAAUAUAUCUCUAAUAUAUGUAGGAAUAGCCCCUGAGCACUUAAAACAUACUAAAAUAAUUAUAUAUGAAAGAAAUAUUAGAAAAUUAAUUGUUGCUGGAAACAAUUUUGAAUAUUACAAUGAGGAGUGUGACUUUUUGGAGUUAUCUCGAUUGGUUGAUUUAACUGUUCAAACCCAAAAACCUAAAAACAAUCUUAAGAAAAGCAUAUUAAAAAUAGGGAAUUUUUUUGCGCUGUCACCAUUGGUAUUUUUUCAAUAUUUUGUUGCAAAUAUUUUUGUCAAUAAACUUAUUGAGCAUACAACAGUCUACAAAAACUUUAAGGAAUGGAAUAAGGAAUACGAUAAAGGAUCAAGACAAACAAAUAUAAUACUUGAUCGUGUUAUAGGAAUGAUAUUAAUGGUAAUACUGUUUUCUUUAGCGAUACAGCCAGGAGAUUUUCUCAUUCAAGUUUCUCACGCUAUUAUUGGACAUCUGUACAGCCUCCUAAACGUAUUAGAAGGAAGCCCGAUUGGCAUGAAACUGAAUAUUCAUUUAAAUAACUUUUUUGUCGAUUGCUUUAAAUAUCACAUUGCGUUAUGGUCUACAUUUUUAGACUUUAUCGAGCCCUUUGUACGACAAGUUUAUUUUGCCAUUGCCCUCUUCGGAUGUUUGGGAUUUACGUUUCAAAUAGCGUUACUUGCAGAUUUAAUAUCAGUUAUUGGAUUACACUCACAUUGUUUCUACAUUUACACUAAAGUCCUUUAUAACGUGGAAAUCAAAGGCUUGUCUGUACUAUGGCAAGUGGUUCGUGGCAAUCGGUAUAAUGUAUUAAAAGGUCGAAUUGAAGCUCAUAAUUAUAUGAAUAGACAAUUAUAUCUUGCCACAAUAUUCUUUUCGGCGAUUUUAUUCCUGUACCCUACUACCUUCGUAUAUUACAUUGUUUUUGCUACGCUUAAGGCGCUUACCUCUACUACGCUAACCAUAUUUGACUACUUUCGUCAAAAUUUGAUGUAUUUUCCAAUUAAAAGUAUCAUAAUAUUUUUUAUCAAAGGAUGUUGUAAAAUAGACUGCCUUAAAAUCAAGAGGAUCUUUCCUCUGGAUAAAGAGUUUUUUGUUGAUAAUCAUCAUAAGGUUGACGUUUCUUUUUUUAAAAUUGAAACCUGACAAUAAAAGAAAAAAUACCUUGGUAGUAAGUUAAUUUUAUUUUUGACGGUGCAGCGGAAUCAAUUCGUCAAACACGAUAAAAUACAUCUAUCUGUUAACCAUAAGAAAAUCGGUUAUGAACGUGAUACAUAAACUACAUUGUUAUUUAUAUUAAAUUAGUUAUAUUACCUCAACU